AACGAAUAGCAUAGUAGCUGCACACCCGAGCACUUCCGCCUCAAGUACUCUAUUACAAUGUCUGUCGACACCAAGCAACGGUUGGUCCUCAACCUAGCCGACGUUAAGAUGGCAGCGGUGGAAAAGCUGCCGACUAUUGCUAGAGAAUUCUUCGAAGCUGGCUCAGCCGAUCAAGUCACAGUGUUGGAAAACACGACAGCUUACUCCAAAUAUCGACUACGUCCCCGAGUCCUAGUUGACGUCUCCAAGGCAGACACCUCCACGUCAGUAUUCGGCCAGAAGAUUCCGUUCCCCCUGUGCGCAUCGCCUGCCGGGAUACAGGCGAUGGCACACCCCGACGGCGAGCUUGCUACGAGUCGGGCUUGCGCGAAACGGGGUGUCCACAUGGGCGUCUCGACCUACUCCAACUAUUCCGUCGAGGAGGUUCGGGCAGCCGGGCUCGGUGUCGGGCCGCUGCAGCACGUAAUGCAGCUUUACACGAUGCAGGAUCGCUCGGCCCAGCUGCGUAUCAUCCGGCGCGCCGAGAAAGCUGGCUGUGUUGCUAUCUUCUUGACAGCAGACAGUCCGGUGCUGGGUGUAAGAUACAAUGAAGCCAGAAACGACUUUAGAGCUCCGGAGGGUCUCGCAUUUCCCAUGGCCGAGAAGACCACGGAGGCUAUACGUGCCCAGACACACGACGAGGGGUUUAUGUCUUUCAACUCGGACUCGCACUCCUGGGCGCGCGAGAUCCCCUGGCUGCGGAGUGUCACCAAGUUGCAGAUCUGGAUCAAAGGUGUCUUGACGGGAGAAGAUGUGCAACUUGCGUUAUUAAUUCUAUAUAAAUCUUAA